UGGCCAUACCACCAAGAGAACGUUGAAAUAUUGUUAAAAGUUCUCUGGCGAUUCGUUUAUUCUCCGUUUUCUUUCGAUCUCUCAUUUUCUACACGAAUUUGUCAAAAUUUGCAGAACAAAAGCGCUUUAAAUAAAUGUUGAAUAAAAUAAAGUGCAUAGAAAAAAUACUAAAAUGUUAAAAGUUUCUACUGGACAGGGCAAAGGACUACGCUCCUUUGAAGAAGUAUGGCCCGAAAAACGCCUAAUAGUGCUGAAGUUAUUAAAUCAGGAAACUGUUUCACAAUUAGAAUGGCAGGAAUUGUUUUAUGGGGUGCAUUUGGUGUGCCUGUGGGAUGAGAAAGGUGCCGCAAAAAUAUACGACUGCUUGCGAGCAGAUAUUGUUGAAUUUAUAGUACAUGCUCAACGUAAAGUUCAAUCACAACGCGGCGAGCACGCGCUUCUCACUACAUACAUUAUUGAGUGGCGCAAAUUCUUCACACAAUCCAAUUACCUGCCGCUGCCUUUUCGUCAACUGGAGCAGUCACUGCAAUUUAAGGUGCUCGCUUCAUCUGCGUCAACAUCAGCAUCCAGUUCCUCUGCAGCCAGCACAAGUGCCAACGCUGCGUCGGUUUCGGCGUCAGGUGGCGCCUCCACAUCUGCGGCUGCCGCGGCAGCCUCCUCAUCAUCGACUUCUGGUGGCAGCAGUAGUAGCAAAAAGAAUUCCACUGAUGAUUCUAUUGUACGCAAACUAAUGCUUGACUCGUGGAAUGAGAAUAUAUUUCGUGAUAUAAAAGAUCGCCUACAGGAAUCUGCCAUGAAAAUUGUGCAUGCCGAACGAAAUGGAGAUGCUUACGACGCACAACUUGUAAUUGGGGUGCGUGAAAGCUAUGUGAACUUAUGUUCGAAUCCAGACGACAAACUCCAAAUCUACCGCGAAAAUUUUGAAGCAGCCUACUUAAAAGCAACUGCAGCUUUCUAUCGCCUUAAAACAACGGAACAACAGCAAGCAAAUGGUGUGCUAGCUUUUAUGAGAUAUGCGGAUGCCAAAUUGCGUGAGGAAGAGGCUCGUGCGAAACGUUAUCUUGAACCGAGCAGCUACGGUGUGCUCGCACAGACCUGCGUCAAAGUCUUAGUUGGCGAUCAUAUGAAUACAAUUAUUGCCGAGUGUGCAGCGCUCAUAAAAGAAUACGAAACAGAAAAGUUAAAUCUCAUGUUCCGACUAUUAGAUCGUGUACAAGACGGUGUUGAACCAAUGUUGCGCGAUUUGGAAAGUCACAUUGUUACUGCUGGCUUAGCGGAUAUGCUAUCUGCUUCCGAUAUAAUCACACAAGACUCCGAAAAGUAUGUGGAGCGGCUACUCGAGCUAUUCAAUAAAUUCAGUUCAUUGGUGAAAUACGCCUUCAACGAUGAUCCACGCUUUUUGACGGCGCGUGACAAGGCUUUCAAAACUGUGGUGAAUGACACGAGUGUAUUUAAGUUAGAACUACCCACUGGCCUAACAAACCGCGGUGUCAAGUCCAUCGCCCCGGAGAGCAAAUGUCCUGAACUUUUAGCCAACUAUUGUGACAUGCUGCUGCGACGCACGCCGUUAAGUAAGAAACUGACUAGCGAACAAAUCGACGCGCGAUUACGGGAUGUGCUACUCGUGCUGAAAUAUGUUAACAAUAAGGAUGUAUUUAUGCGCUACCACAAGGUGCAUUUGACAAGAAGGCUAAUACUUAGUACCAGCGCAGAUAGUGAGAAGGAAGAAGAUAUUGUGGAAUGGCUACGCGAGGCUGGUAUGCCAGCUGAUUACGUGAACCGCUUAGGGCGUAUGUUCCAAGACAUUAAGCUCAGCGAAGAUUUAAAUACUCAAUUCCGCAAUUGCACUGGACGUCACGAUGCUAUUAAUAUAAAAAUACUCAAUGCCGGUGCCUGGGCACGUUGUUCUGAACGUGUUUCGGUGAGUUUGCCACUAGAAUUGGAGGAUUACAUUCCAGAUGUGGAGGAAUUUUAUAAGAAAAACUUUUGCGGUCGCAAAUUGCAAUGGUAUCAUCAUAUGAGCAAUGGUACAAUAACCUUUGUAAAUAAUUUCGGUCGUUACGACUUGGAUGUAACCACUUUUCAAAUGGCUGUGCUAUUUGCAUGGAAUCAGCGGCCGCAUGAUAAAAUCUCCUACGAGAAUCUGCGUUUAGCGACCGAGUUGCCAGAUCCCGAACUCAGACGCACGCUCUGGUCGUUAGUGGCAUUUCCAAAGCUGAAAAAGCAAAUUUUACUCAUGGAACCCUCAACGAUGACAACUCCAAAAGACUUUUCAGAAAAUACUUUAUUUAGUGUCAAUCAGGAAUUUGCUGUGGUGAAAAAUGGCAAAUCACAACGAAGAGGAAAGAUGAAUAUGAUUGGCCGCUUGCAACUGAGUACCGAACGAUCCCAACAGGAGGACAAUCAAUCGAUUGUGCAAUUGCGUAUUUUGCGCACCCAAGAGGCCAUUAUCAAAAUUAUGAAAAUGCGCAAACGCUUGAAUAAUGCAACAUUGCAGGCCGAAUUGAUCGAUAUACUUAAGAAUAUGUUCUUGCCAUCAAAGAAAAUGAUUAAGGAGCAACUAGAAUGGCUAAUCGAGCACAAGUAUAUGCGUCGUGAUGAUGAUGAUAUCAAUACAUUUAUUUAUGUGGCUUAAAAGGUACAUGCGUGUGUAGCUGAGCGGCUAGCUGGCAGCAAGCAAAAGAUACGAGUGAGAUAAAUUGAAUAACUUCUGCAAACUCUCCAACUCCUUUUUUACUAUAAUUCAGUAAAUUAAAUUUUAGUUUUUAAGUUAAAUGAAGCGCUUCGAAUACGACGUGUUAUUUUUGAACACUCACACACAUACCUAAACGCGCUAUAAACAUGUACUAGUUCGAGAUAAAUAGGCCUAGCAUUACUUCAUAUACAUAUAAACAAUAUUUAAUUAAUUUUAAAAUGUUUAUACCCACUGGUUAUUAGUUUAUGUCUUACAGUUUAAAAACUGAAUAGAUCGAUUCCAAUUCCUUAACAAAUUUAUAUAUUUUUACUUGAUAAUUGAAAACCUUCAGUUAUCGAGUUGCAAACGUUCUUUUAUUUAAAAAUUUUUAUAGAGUAUUUAAUUCAUCGUUAGCACAUGAUUGUGCUCUUUUAUUUUGAUAUUUUUAAAAUUGAAUAUUUUAUAUUGUAUUCUAAUUCCAAUGUGAUCAUGUUGUCCAUUUAUUAUUAUACUUAUUUGUGGCUUUUGACAAGGCAACUUUCUUAUUUUAAUUGCAAUGUCGGAAAUGGAAAAUGUUUAACUGCUACGCACACACAAGCUACAUGUUUGUAAAUAGAUAUGUUCGGCGCGAGCACUUGCAAAUUUUAAACAGCAAUAAUUAUAAAUAUUAACUCUUAUAGACACAUACAAACAUAUUUUGUUAUAUGUACAUGAAUUCAUUCAUUCAUACGAAGUGAACCAGAAAUUUAGCUGGAGGUUAUGAGCGUAAAGUACUUUGAAAUUAAAA